GUUUGGUUGAUUCAGUUCAAAUUCUUGCCAAAUUUCAAAUUUAAUGAAGUGAAUUAUAAGUGAAUCCUCGCUGAAUUUUACCCGAUUUUCUAAUAAAAUCACCGAUGAACGGUUUUCAGACUCUAAACAGUUUUGCGAACCUUGCCCCAUCACGCGUCCGGAUGCACCUCCCUAAAACCCUCCAUUGACAUCAUCCACUACUCCCUAAUCCCACUCCGCCGCCGCCGGCUUCGCCCACCAUGGCGGCGACCACCCAUGCAUCCUUCCUCUCCUUCCUCCUCUCCCACCCCCGCUCCGUCACCCCCAACCCCCACCUCCCGCUCCACCCCGCCGCCCACCGUGUCCGCUGCGCCACCGACGCCGCGGCCCAGCCCGCCGAGGCCAACAAGCACCGGCGCGCGGCGGACGAGAACAUCCGCGAGGAGGCGGCGCGGCACCGCGCCCCGAAGCAGGGCCUCUCCGCGUGGUACGCGCCCUUCCCUCCCGCCCCGAACGGCGACCCCGACGAGCGCUACUCCCUGGACGAGAUCGUCUACCGCUCCAGCUCGGGGGGCCUCCUCGACGUGCGCCACGACAUGGACGCGCUCGCGCGCUUCCCAGGCUCCUACUGGCGCGACCUCUUCGACUCCCGCGUCGGCCGCACCACCUGGCCCUACGGCUCCGGCGUCUGGUCCAAGAAGGAGUUCGUCCUCCCCGAGAUCGACCCUGACCAUAUCGUCUCCCUCUUCGAGGGCAACUCCAACCUCUUCUGGGCCGAGCGCCUCGGCCGCGAGCACCUCGGCGGGAUGAACGACCUCUGGGUCAAGCACUGCGGGAUCUCCCACACCGGCUCCUUCAAGGACCUCGGCAUGACCGUGCUCGUCAGUCAGGUCAACCGUCUCCGCCGCGCGCCGCUCUCGCGCCCCAUCGCCGGCGUUGGGUGCGCGUCCACCGGGGACACCUCCGCGGCGCUCUCCGCCUACUGCGCGGCCGCGGGGAUCCCGGCCAUUGUCUUCCUUCCGGCCAAUCGCAUCUCUCUGGAGCAGCUCAUCCAGCCGAUCGCCAACGGCGCCACAGUGCUCUCGCUGGACACGGACUUUGACGGCUGCAUGAGGCUCAUCAGGGAGGUGACUGCCGAGCUUCCUAUUUACCUUGCAAAUUCGCUCAAUUCCCUUCGGCUAGAGGGGCAGAAGACAGCGGCCAUUGAGAUACUGCAGCAGUUCGAUUGGGAGGUGCCUGAUUGGGUCAUUGUGCCAGGAGGCAAUCUUGGGAACAUAUAUGCCUUCUACAAAGGAUUCGAGAUGUGCUGUGUUCUUGGGCUUGUUGAUCGUGUGCCGCGGCUCGUCUGUGCUCAGGCCGCCAAUGCGAACCCACUGUACAGAUAUUACAAGUCAGGGUGGACUGAGUUCCAGCCACAGGUGGCCGAGCCGACAUUUGCGUCGGCAAUUCAGAUUGGUGAUCCGGUUUCUAUCGACCGUGCGGUGGUCGCACUCAAAAUGACAAAUGGCAUUGUCGAGGAGGCCACGGAGGAAGAGCUCAUGAACGCAAUGUCACUGGCUGACCGCACUGGGAUGUUUGCCUGCCCGCAUACUGGUGUUGCGCUCGCUGCACUGUUCAAGCUCAGGGAUCAGCGUGUCAUUGGGGCGAAUGAGCGUGUGGUGGUUGUCAGCACAGCGCAUGGUCUGAAGUUCUCGCAGUCCAAGAUCGACUACCAUGAUAGCAAGAUCGAGGACAUGGCUUGCAAGUAUGCUAACCCGCCGGUCAGUGUGAAGGCCAACUUUGGCGCUGUCAUGGAUGUUCUGAAGAAGCGGCUCAAGGGUAAGCUCUGAGCUUGUGUUUGGUUAACCAUUCCAAUUGGUUACUGUAUGUCAGUUGUGUUCUGCACCUGAUCUGAUCUGAUCUGAUCUAAAUGCGGUGGGUGACUAUGGAGCAAUGAUUCAUUGGAUACUGGUAGUCCUUUAGGUCUGGGGGCUCUUUCAGGCUUCAAUGGGGGUUGGUGGUAGGCUAUCAUUUUGAGGAACUUAGAAGGACUUGGAGAGUCUAUCUCUUGUAUUAUCUUGUGUUCUAUGGAUAAUAAGUGGGAAUAAUUAUUAUUUUUACCA